CACUCUUUACUGACCUCUAUAAUACUGGUAGGACAAAGUACGGGGCACGACGACUUCACAAUGUUAAAAGUGAGUCGAAAAAGCUUUGAAUCUGUUGCCUCUGCUCUCUCGAACUAGCAAAAAACUUUGACAGGUGACAGGGUACAAGAGCUGUGCAUAUAGUGAUGUGCCGACUUAGCUUAGACUUCUUUGUAAUGAAAUAUUCGUUGUCAAAGUAUUUGGAAUCCAAUAAGUUAAUGCCUGAACAGAUUCACGCCUAUAGUAUUCGAUUCAAUAUUUCAGUAUCAUAAAAAUUACAUGUGAAAUUGCAACACGCGUAUCAAAAAGGUGUAUUAUUAUUUAGAAUAAAUUAUAGCCUAGAAUUCAUGUCCGUCAAGUCUUACUAUCCCUUCAAGUUAAGAGAUUCGUGAAUCACUCUGAUAGUCACGUAAGCGAUGCAGGUAAAGUUUGUGAUAAAGUGUGGUUAGGUCGAGUAAUAGAAUUACAUGCAAACUUUAAGGUACACGUUUGCACUCUAUCCGACAUCGAGUAUUAAAAUAGAAGAAAGUAUUAGAAUACUUCAUAUCACUUAAUCUACCUGACUUGGCACGGCACUAGCACUGUGUGUGAAUGGUGUUGGUGUGGGAUGGAAUUUAAAAUUCGAUAUUUUGGUAGAUACCGGUAAAUAAUAUUAUGCGUAGGAGCUAUAAAACUUCAAAUAAUCUCAGUUUCAAUGUUGCACGUAAUUAAAUCUUCCUCUUUAACGUCGGAAAAACAAUGGCUGUUCCUCACGAAAUGCUUUUACAUCCAGAACUAUUGAGUAAUGAACAACUAACCCACAUAAUAGAACAGAGACAUUUGAGAAUUGAUGGGAUAGAAAAAAUGCUGAGAGAUGACUUAUUGGACUUAUUUCAUCAAUACUGCGUUCCGUACGGACAAAGAAAAUACCGGGAUUCUGGAAGAGGUAAAAUAUUGAAUAGAACUCGUCAUAUCAGUCCGGAGCCAUCACGAUCUUUAAAUAAAAUCAAAGAAACUAGACACACUACGGUUGAGCGAAUCAAACCCCCUCCUGAUUUAUUAUCAGGUCACAUGAAACGGAUAAAGCUAGAAAAUGUAACAACAAAGUGCUCACACAUGAAUAGUAAUAAUCAUAAAAGGAAAAUCAUCAAUGAUCCUAACUCUGAGCCUAUUCAAGCAAAAAAAGAAAGAAAAGUAAUAACAUGGCCUUAAAGCAAAUCAAUUUAGAAGAAAACAGGCAGCACAAUAAGAUACAUUAAUGAAGAUGUUCAAAAUGCUCAGGAGAUCUGAAGUAUUCAACAGGAUCUCAAAAAUAAUAUUGCCAUGUCAUUUACACAAUAUAUUGUGAUGUAUCAGAAACUAUGCAAUUUAUUUGUUCUCAGUCUAUUUAAUGAUGAUGAAGUUUAUACACAUAAUAUAUUAAUUUAAGUUCAAUUUUAUAUGAUUAGUGUUUUAUUUUUCUGUGAUGCUGAUAAGAAAGUCUCAAUUAAAUCUUGAGACAUUUGUGUAAUUGUAUGAUUCCUGUGGUUAGUCAACACUGGAGACGCCAUUGGAAUAUAAUUGAAAAGUUGUAAAAGGUUUGUCAAUUAGUCUAAAAUGAGUGUUGAAUAAUUAUUUUUGUGAAAUUAUGAACUAUGUUUUAUAUCACCAAAUAAAAUCAAAUUAUUCAAAGUUUCUUGACACCAAUGAUAA